AUUACUCUGAAGCACCUACAUUACAGUUUCCUUCAAUAGCGGCAAAAUAUUAUUUUGUUUUUGUGCGUUAGAUGGCGCGAUUAAAUAAGUGUUUCUCAUCUAUGUGAAACCCAGAGAAUCGUGUAACUUUAUUUCCUUUCCUAUCAUUAACUUUAUAGGCUAUAUUUCUUUUACUUUGGAGUGUUCAAUACGCAUGGUUUAUCCAAAUUAGUGUUGUACGUGUCAAUCUAAAUAUGCCUAAAGAAAAGGAGUCGUUAUAUACCCGAAAAUACCGAGUUGCUUGGGAAUCCGAUGCUGAACUUAAAGGAUGGAUUGGUCCUGUAUUAGCAGAUGAGACAAAGUCGCUUUGUAAGAUAUGUAAAUGUACUUUAGCUCCACAUAAAAAAGACUUACUGCUUCACGGUAAAAGUAAGAAACAUCAAGAGGCGGAGAAAAGAUCUUUGGCUGGCCCGAGUAAAAAAAUUACUGAGUUUAUGAAAAAAGGUUUGACCGCCAGCAGGAAAAUAGCAGAAUUAAAAAUUGCUGCAUUCAUAUGUGAGCACUGCUCACUUGCAACAAUUGAUCAUCUUGGAUCACUUUUAAAAAAUAUAGAUAAAUCAUCUGAAAUAUUAAAUGACGUUAAAUUACACAGAACUAAAUGUACAUCUUUAAUAUUGAAUGUGUUGGCUCCUUCAAUACUAAAUGACUUACUUUUGGAUGUUGCAGAUAGUAAAUAUUCAUUGAUUAUAGAUGAGAGCACUGCAGUCGAUUCCACAAAAAUGCUAUGCGUUAUGAUAAAAUAUUUUAGUAAAAAGCAAACUAAGAUUGUUACGACUUUCUACAAACUUAUCGAAAUUGAAAAGGGAGAUGCCAUAACUAUCUCGGCUGCGGUGACAAAACAACUGGAGCUAGACGGUUUAAAAUUAGGGAAUCUAAUAGGAAUCGGUGUUGAUGGAGCCAAUGUUAUGGUUGGAGCGCAUAAUUCAGUAGCUUCUUUUUUGAAAGCAAAGAAUAAUGAACUUGUUAUUAUUAAGUGCGUCUGUCAUUCUCUGCAUUUGGCAGCAGAGUAUGCAUUUAAACUUCUACCUCGUCAUUUGGACUUUAUAAUCAAGGAAUGCCACAAUUGGUUCUCUUGUAGUACAAAAAGGCAAAUAGCAUACAAACAAAUAUUUGAAACACUGACGGAUCAAAAACCACUAAAAAUUGACCAACUAUCAGGAACCAGAUGGCUAGCCAGAUACAAUGCGAUAGUUAAAAUUCUAGAACAAUGGGAUGCAUUAAAAAUACACUUUGGUAUAGUAAAAGAUAAUGAAAGGUGUUAUAUGGCUGAACAGCUGUUUCAAAUGUUAUCGGACCAAACUAAUGUAUUAUAUUUCACCUUUUUGAGUUGGACAUUGAAAGAAAUAAUUAGAGUUAAUAAACUGUUUCAGUCAGAGUGUGCAGAUCCACUGAAAUUAAUGGAAGAUUUGAAUUUAUUACUUUUCAAUAACCUAAGUAUUUUAGUACCACCUAUGAGACUUCAAAAAAUAUCAAAAAAUAACGUCGUUGAUUUCAAAUUUGAAGAUUACAUUAUGGAUAUAGAAUUGAUAAAUUUAGGAUAUUCGUUCAAUUCAAAAGCGUCAUCCUUAGCAAUUAAACAAGAUGAACUAGAUGUAAAGAUUUUUUAG